AUGUCCGGAAAAAGAAAUAACGAUAAUAAAAAAGGUAAUUCAGGUAACAAUUCAGCUGAAUGGGAAAAUUUACCUGCAAAUCCAAAUUUAUUAACAUCUGAGCAAAAAGCACAAUUAUUAGGAGUUACUACUAGGAGCUUACAUAGAGAAAAUCAACCUGUCAAUCAAGAAGCUGAGAGGGAACGAGUACAACGGGAGGCUGAGGACCGCAGACGCCAAGAAGCUGAAAGAGAAAGGAUACGACGGGAGACUGAGGGUCGCAUUCAUCAGGAAGCUGAGAGGGAACGACUACAACGGGAGAACGAGGAACAUCUACGUCAAGAAGCUGAACAGGAAGUAAUACAACGAGAAAACGAGGAACUACGUAGACAAGAAGAGCUACGCCGCCAAGAAUUGUUAAGAGCGGGACAGAUCGACGCUGCAGGAGUUGCCAACAGACAAAUUUAG